GUCAUUCCUCGUCCCCAACGUCCACCUUUAAAACCUCACGUUUUCCUGGUUUGUCCUCCCUGGACUCCGACAUUCUUUAAACCUGCCAUUCCUUCUGCCCCGUGGCAAUCUAUUACAUUACCACAUUCCUUUCUUUUAAAACACACUCGUUACCAUCAGCCUCCCACAGGCGUGCCACAACUUUCUGCAGUGAUCUCGCCGUUGUUUGCCGAUUACGAAGACGGCAGCGACUUUCCCCGCAAGGUACACAUUUUCCUCGUUCAACUUGGAAUCCGUUAUAGUCAACCAUCAACCAUGCGUCCCUCAUCAGCUCUAGCCGCGAGCGCCCUCGCCGUCGGCGUAUCUGCCCAAAAUUACCUGGGCUUCAACUCGGGAUCAACAAAGGCGGAUCGGUCCGCCAAGUUCAAGUCCGACUUCAAGGCCGAGUUCGUCACGGCACAGGGCCUGGAAGGCGCGCCGGGCACAUUCAACGCCGUGCGACUGUACACCAACAUCCAGGCAUACUCGAAGGAUGACCCGAUCGAGGCUUUCGAGGCGGCCAUCGAGACCAACACGUCGGUGCUCCUCGGCGUGUGGGCGUCGGGCACGGACAACAUCGACAAUGAGAUCAGCGCGCUGAAGAAGGCGGUGAAGCAGUACGGCAAGGACUUGACCAACCUCGUCAUUGGCAUCUCCAUCGGCAGCGAGGACCUGUACCGCGUCUCGGCGACGGGCGUAGCGAACAAGGCCGGCGUGGGCAACUCGCCCGACGCCCUGGUCGGCUUCAUCGGCGACUUCCGCAAGUCCUUCGCCGACACCGCCCUCGCCAAGAUCCCCGUCGGUCACGUCGACACGUGGGACGUCUGGCCCAACGCGACCAACAAGCCCGUGCUCGACGCCGUCGACUUCGUCGGCGUGGACGAGUACCCCUACUACGAGAACGGCAAGGGCAACAGCAUCAAGAACGCCGGCACGCUCUUCGACCGCGCCUACGACGCCACCGUGGCGGCCGUCGGCGGCAAGCCCGUCUGGGUCACCGAGACGGGCUGGCCGUACGUCGGCCCCGACUGGGACGAGGCCGUCGCCAGCGUCGAGAACGCAAAGUACUACUGGGACGAGGUCGGCUGCCGCAAGCUGUUCGGCAAGACCCCCACCUUCUGGUACAACCUCCGCGACUCCAACCCCGACAACGAGAUGAAGUUUGCCAUCACCAAGAACCUCUCCACCAAGCCCCUGUUCAACCUGACCUGCCCGACCACCUUUGACACACCCUCGGCGACCGCAUCUUCGCCUUCCAGCACCGCUAGCGCGACGGGAGGUUCUGGUUCCGCAGGAUCCGGCUCUGGCUCUGGCUCUGGCUCUGGCUCUGGCUCUGGUUCCGGAUCAGGCUCCGGCUCCGGCACCACCUCCAGCCCAUCCGCAACCCCGAGCUCCGAGGCUGGUUCGGGCGCCCGGAUGUUCUCGGCAGCCACUUAUGGCGGUCUGGCCCUCCUCGCCGGGUUCGUCGCUCUGUUGUAAAUCAUCGGGAAGGUGCAUCAUGGGGUAGUUAAUUACCCGCAUUGGCUGGUCAUAGCAUAUCUGUUCUCGCUCUCGAGAUCUGGGUUUUUUGGUAUCAUAUGGGGAUAGACUAAGGAUAGACUGAAGGAAAUAGGCAUUGAUUGCUUCACCACAUGCUGGCUCGAAAUAUUACUGCUCCGUUGUAUUCGCUGUCUUGCCCAGCUAGUCCUUACGCGUGUGA